AUGUUCUCCACAGGCGCGGUGGAAGGACGAGUAGACGCAUACUGCUACGAAGCUGAGUUUGAGGACUCCUCCAAGGACGCUUGGGUUCUUGACGAGUGGGUGUUUGAGCGGGUCAAGAAGCUGUUUGCGGACGCGAAGACCAAUGCGACGCUGGAUGCGCAAUUGAGGCAGGAGAAGAACGUCUUCUUCCUGCAUCUGCUGGGACUGGAUACAACAGGACAUGCGCACCGACCGUACUCGUGGCAGUACUUGCAGAACAUACAAAUCGUGGAUCGCGGAGUUCAGGAGAUCACCAAGAUCAUCGAGGAGUUCUACGAUGACGAUAAAACAGCUUUUGUAUUUACAGCAGACCAUGGUAUGAGCGAUUGGGGUAGCCAUGGAGAUGGACAUCCGGAUAACACGCGCACGCCGCUCGUUGCGUGGGGUGCUGGGAUUGCUACACCAAACAAGACUGAAUCCGGAAUAGCCCCUGGACACGGAGACAAAUUCUCGUCAGACUGGAAUCUAGAUUCGAUCGAGCGUCAUGACGUGGAUCAGGCGGAUGUUGCAGCUCUCAUGGCAUAUCUGGUCGGACUUGACUUCCCCACCAAUAACGUUGGUGUGGUUCCACUGUCGUACCUUGACGCUGAUCCGAUUUCGAAAGCGCAAGCUCUCCUUGUCAACGCCCAAGAGAUACUGGAAAUGUAUCAUGUCAAGGAAGACAUUAAGAAAUCCACGGAGCUACGAUAUAAGCCAUUUCCGGGACUAGGCGAUGACACACACUCGGCAGAGUAUCGUGUGUCUGUGAUAAAACAGGCGAUCAAUGCUGGGAAUGCGGACGAAGCUAUUCGUCAAACUUACGACCUCAUUGACCUUGGGCUCGAAGGUUUGCGGUAUUUGCAGACGUACGACUGGCUGUUCCUACGAACCUUGAUCACCCUCGGAUACGUUGGCUGGAUUGUCUUCGCCAUCACGACUGUCAUCGAUAUCCACGUGCUCACUGAAGUAGUACCGGCACAACGGACUACGGCUAGUAUCGCGGCUUUCUCCUCUGUCCUUGUUGCACUUUAUGGUGUACUGUUCAAACAGCAGUCUCCGAUAGUGUACUACGUUUAUGCGUUCUUUCCUGUCAUGUUCUGGGAAGAGAUCUUCGUUCGUCGAUCGUCUUUAAUCAAGGGCGGCCGGAGUCUUUUCGGGCACGUUUCGUCACGCACCGACAUUGUCAAGCUGGUCUUGUCAGUGGUUGGUUUCUUUGGACUCCUUGAGGCUUUGGUUCAAAGCUACUUCACCAGGGAGAUUUACACUGUUUGCUACGUCGCAGCGGCUGCGUGGCCAGCGCUUUACGGUCAGGAGUUCUUGAAAAAGAACAUUGGUACUGUGGCGACGUGGGUUCUGUCGUGUCUCACCAUGAGCGCCUUUACGCUGCUUCCAGCGAACAAGGCUGAAAGCACUACACUAAUCAUGCUCGGCGGCGCUUUAAUGUUCGCCGUCGGCGCACUGUACCUCUUCUUCGAGAAGAGCAUCCUUGCAGAGACCGGUCCGACUGAGGAACUCGCUGAGCCUGAACUAGACGACAAGUCGCGCGUCAUCCUCAGUAUUCAGCUUGGACUCGUCUUACUCUCCAUGAUUGUCACUAAGAGCAGCAUUGGCUACAUCCAGGCCCGACAAGGUCUGCCACUUGGGGUCCUCGUAGUAGGCCGCGCAACACUUUUCGUGUCGUUUUUCAUCCCACAACUACAUCGGUUCUACCCAAACAGCAACUACGUCCACCGUCUCGUUGUCAUAUUCCUGCAAUUUGCACCAACUUUCAUCAUCCUCACGAUCUCAUACGAGGGCCUGUUCUACUUUGCAUUCUGCCUCUGUCUCUUCAGCUGGAUGCGCCUCGAGCAUCAAGUCUACUUACACACGACUGGUGAAUCAAAGGCUGCUGCGCCAGCGAACCCGAUCAAACCUGCAGUAGAGGCUCCUGCUUCUCUCGUGUUUGCUGAUACCCAGGUGGAGGUCUCGGAACCGUCUUCGCUUCAGCCUUUCGUCGAGGGUCGAAUCGAGGCAAUCAAGAACGGCGGCUACAGAAGCUUGACGCUGGCAGAUGCCCGCAUCUCACUCUUCUUCUUCUACUUCAUCCAAUCCGCCUUCUUCUCCGCAUCCAACAUCGCGUCUGUUUCGUCUUUCAGUUUGGACGCCGUGUACCGCCUAGUCCCCGUCUUCGACCCGUUCAGCCAAGGCGCAUUGCUCAUGGUCAAACUCAUGGUCCCAUUCGCCUUCCUCAGCUCUGUGUUCGGACUGCUCAACAUGCGCCUCGGCGUCGCCCCAAGUGCGCUGUUCAUGGUGGUCAUGGCAGUCAGCGACGUCAUGACGCUGUCCUUUUUUUACAUGGUAAAGGACGAGGGCAGCUGGUUGGACAUUGGCACGACGAUAAGUCACUUUGUCAUUGCGAGUUUAUUGGGAGUGUUUGUUGCGGGGCUGGAGCUGGUGAGUGAGGUUAUGAUUAGGGGGGUGGAGUUUGGAGGGAAGACUAUUGUGCGGGGGAACGGCAAGGUUAAUGGGGAUUCGAAUGGGAGGGUAAAUGGGAAGACGGAAUAA